AUGAUAACAAAAUCGCAGCAUGGAGAAUGUUCGACUAAUCAGAUCGUUAAGGUCAUGAAAAUUCAAUUAGGUAAUAGAGUAUCUCAUCUAGAAGAUGAAAGAAUUGGGACUGUUUGCUCAAUUAAGGUUAAUGAGAGGGGCGAGGAACUUUUUGAAGUCAGAUGGGAUUCAGAUUCGAAUUACAAUUUAGUAAAAGAUGUAGAAAAUGCAUCUUCAUGUUUUAUUAACAGAAAUACUGUUGACAAGAAAUUUGAAUUUUUAAAAAUAAAUGAACUAUCUCCGGGGAUUUCUUUUCAAGAGGCUAUUAGAGAUCGUUACUUAUGUGACGAAGAAGUUGAAUAUUUUGUAGGUUUGAAGAAGGCGCAAGAAUAUUGCAAAAAAAUAUCUACUUUAUCUUUAGAAAAAAUGAAGGUUUUUUCUUGUGGUUGUAAAGAGCUUAUCAACUGUUUAGAACCACCAAAAGAAUUGUCUUUAUACUACAAUAAUAUCACUUCACUCUGUUUAAACAAUAAUUUAUUAACAGAUUGGAAUUCUUUAUUUUGUAUACUGUCACAUUUACCAAAACUUGAGUGUUUAACACUAAAUGGGAAUCGAUUCAAAAAGAUAUCUUAUUUUAAUCAUUUUCAAUUUGAUAAUAUCAAAGUUCUGAGCAUGAGUAAAACUUUCGUUGAGUUUGAACAGUUAAUGUUGUUAUUUAAAAAGGAUUCAGCAUUACCUAACGUAAACUAUAUCAAUCUUUCAUCAAAUAAUUAUUCCUUUAUUUCAAUAAAUUACUCUAAUACGACAAUACAAAAAUUAGAUUUGAGUCUAAAUUCGUUAUCUGAUUGGGAAGUCAUAAAAAAUCUCUUAAUUCACUUAUCAGGUUUAAGUAGCUUAAACAUUUCUAAUAAUCAAUUUUCUAAAUUGCCAAUAUCAAAAAUCAAUACAAAUAUUAAUAUUGAAUUUCCGAAUAUUUUAGAAUUAAACUUAGACAAUUGUGGGAUUGUUGAGCUUGGCACAAUCGUUUAUUUAAGAAAAGUCUUCCCGAACUUGGAACAUAUAUCCGUAAGAAAUAACAAAAUUAUGGAUAACAGUAAAAUUGAUAUGAGAAGUAUAGUGAUUUCUAUAUUACCGAAUUUAAAAACCUUUAAUAAAAGCAUAAUUAACAAGCAAGACAUUAUUUCGUAUCAACGCUAUUAUAUUUCUCAAUAUACAGUAGGAAAAAAUGAUCUUUUAAAGGAAGUUGACCCCAAUGGGGAUAUUCUUUGUGAAUUCGUCAUAAAAAACGACAUAAUUAUUCACCAAGAUCCAACACCGAACUCUGAUAAUUCACAGAAAGACGAAAAAUACCUGGAUAUUUGUUUCAUUCCUUACUUCAAAUCUUGCUUAAAUUGUACUCCAAAAAGGAUAAAAAUAAACAAAAACAUGGCUAUAUCUGAUGUUAAAGUUUUAAUUUCGAAGAUUUAUAAAAUAAAGGAAAACGAAUCAUUAGAAUUUAUAUUUGGAUAG